GCGGCUGACGUGUGCUGAGGGUUUGUUGUUUGUUGCUGUUCUUGGAACAAACGUGUGAAGCCUUCGCCUGGGGGGUAGGUUUGGUUGAGAGCUCGCAAGAUUGGUGCGGUUUACAUUUACGCUCUCAAGCAAACCCCCGGCUACGAUCGUUCGAGCGUGAUCGCAGAGCAAGAGAAAACACGAGAGAUAAAGAUCACCCCGUUUGUUUUUUGGGGGAGCGAGCUUCAACCCCAUUCGGGCUGGGCGGCAGCAGGAGCUUCUGGGUGGUUGGGUGCGAAAAAACGAGAUGUCGAUAUGGACCGGUACCUGGCAGGCCGCGCACAGGUUUGGGGAGCUCGUUCGGUAGACGAGUAGAAGGCUGCGACUAGUGUUAACGCGAGUGUCGAUGAGAUUGGAUCAGUAACAGUGGACCGUGUGGUGUCUGUCGCUGAGUUCGGGUUGGAACGCCGCGCGGUUGGAAGAAAGCGAAGUGUUUGGGUGUGAAGUGUGAAGCUUUUUGGCCGUCAAGAACCGUGAUUUGACACCAAGAUUACAAAGUGUUCGAAGGUGACCAGUGUUCGAUACUUCAGAAAUAGUGUGUGCUUAAAGAUGGGAAUAAAUCCCAUCACGGGACAUCUCUAGUAUAAGCACAGAACCUCCGAGAACUUCGAGUGUCACACAGCCCACGCACCCAUCUCGGAGUGUCCCGGUUUGCCGGCAGCCUGUUCCGUCAGCUGACACGCCGUCAGACAGCCGGACGACAGUACGACGUUUCACAGCGUAAGAAGAGAACCAACUUUCGGAGGGAAAAGACACAGCUCCACCAAACAGACCGUGAUCAUGAUGGAUAUUAAACUGGAACAGCUGAAGACAGAGCUACGGAUAUGCACCGCCUGCGGGGAACCGAUCGCCGAUAAGUACCUUUUCGAUAUUGACGGCUGUGCCUGGCACGGAUCGUGUUUGCGAUGUUCCGUCUGCCUGACGCUGCUCGAACGACAACCCUCGUGCUACUUCCGCGAUCGACAAGUCUACUGCCGGACGGAUUAUGUCAAAAUGUUUGGCGCCAAAUGCUCGAAAUGCUGCCGAACGAUAGCGGCCUCCGACUGGGUACGGAAGGCGCGUGAUCUCGUGUUCCAUCUGGCCUGCUUUUCGUGCGACACUUGCGGCCGACAGCUCUCGACCGGCGAACAGUUCGCCCUGAUCGACGAUAAGGUGAUGUGCAAGAUCCACUACAUGGACACGGUGGAAGAUGGAUCGAACUCGAGCGAUGAUGGGUGCAGCAGCGAUGGGUACAACAAGAACAAAUCGAAACGCGUCCGGACCACGUUCACCGAGGAGCAGCUGCAGGUGCUGCAGGCCAACUUCCAGAUCGACAGCAACCCGGACGGGCAGGAUCUCGAGCGGAUAGCGCAGCUGACCGGGCUCAGCAAGCGGGUGACGCAGGUUUGGUUCCAGAAUUCGCGUGCCCGCCAAAAGAAGCACACCCACGUUCCACGCGAUCACAAUCCCAAUCUGUUCAGCGCGCUGCGGCAGGACAUGAACAACAACAGCAGCGGACAGACGAGUCUGGGCGAUCACGAUCAUGGGCCCGGUAUGGGCAAACAUCCCGGUGCCAUGUUCAACUCACACGUGAAUCUCAUCAACCUGAUGGUGUAACAUAUGGGUAUGCAAUCACUGUUGCACUCGCCACACGGAAGUUGCCAAAUGGAUGAUUGCUGAGAUGGUUUGCGGAAGGAAAAUUUUGAAUCGCAAAGCGAAACUCGUCGCCCAGUGUUUGCAGUCGGGAAACAGGAAUACCAAAGAAAUAUUUUGUUUUUUGUUUUCGUUCUUAAGAGCCGAAGGUGUAGCACAAAUUUGCGAAACUAACCGAAGUAUUAGCUGUACGGGAAGCAUCAGGAAGCAAAUGUGAAUUGUGAACGAUCAACGCAUAAAUCUAGUGAAAUUUCAGCUGUAAAUAAGUUAUUCGUAUAAAUGUUUUUAACGGUAACAAAACAUUCCAAUAAAAAAUCAAUCAAAGAUGUUAAAUUACA